CUACCGGUAGAAGGAUAUCCGUUUUCGUUAUAUGUUACGGAGAAGCUUUGGCGAAAUAAAUGACUACCUCUCCUUGUCUUUGUUGCGGUUGUGGUAGUUGUAGUCAUGUUCCAAAUCUUCUCGCUCCGGUCGGGGACUGUUGCCUGCCGUAAGAAAUAAGAUAACAGAAAUUGCGUUGCGGUAGAUCGGGAUAACGCCAGAAUUCAGGAUCCUCUCUCAGCCUAUGUAGAGCUUUGCCGUUCCCUUUGACCUGCCGUGUUAAGCUAGCUGUCGAUGUGAUGCCGUCAACAAUUAUUUUGGUAGAUACCCUAACGCCACAUCGAGGAUUAAAAAAUAUUGAUGUAAGCCGUACAAUGGGGAUUGACACCCCGGCGUUGUAAUCAUGAAUUACUUUUAGCUCAGUGGCUUUCAACAGACACUGACAGCAGCUUCUGGGACUUGAGAUAGGAUCUGUUGCUAACUAGCAAAGCUAGUUAAGAUAAACAUCAACACGUUGACAGUCCUGUCUUUAGAACAUCAUGGCUCCCAAGGACAUCAUGACAAAUUCCCAUGCCAAAACCAUCCUCAAUGCAAUGAAUGCUCUUCGCAAGAGCAACACACUCUGUGACAUCACUCUGAGGUUGGAGAACACAGACUUUCCAGCCCACCGUAUCGUCCUGGCCGCCUGCAGUGACUACUUUUGUGCCAUGUUCACCAGUGAGCUCUCGGAGAAGGGGAAAUCCUUUGUUGACAUUCAGGGGCUGACUGCGGCCACCAUGGAGAUUCUCCUUGACUUUGUCUAUACAGAGACUGUGCUUGUCACGGUCGAGAAUGUGCAGGAAUUGCUUCCAGCGGCGUGCUUGUUGCAGCUCAAAGGGGUGAAGAGAGCGUGUUGUGACUUCUUGGACGGUCAGCUGGACCCAACCAACUGUCUGGGUAUCCGGGACUUUGCCGACACCCACAACUGCCUGGACCUGAUGCAGGCGGCAGAGCUCUUCUCCCAGAAGCACUUCCCAGAGGUGGUGCAGCACGAGGAGUUCAUGCUGCUCUGCCAGGCGGAGGUGGAGAAGCUCAUCAAAUGUGAUGAGAUCCAGGUGGACUCUGAGGAGCCGGUGUUCGAGGCGGUGCUGAACUGGGUCAAACACAACCGCAAAGAGAGGGAGCCUUACCUACCGGACAUGUUGGAGUUUGUCCGAAUGCCACUGUUGACCCCCCGCUACAUCACCGACGUCAUCGAUUCUGAGCCUCUCAUUCGGUGCAGUCUUCCAUGUCGAGACCUCGUGGACGAGGCAAAGAAAUUCCAUCUGAGGCCAGAGCUGAGGAGUGAAAUGCAAGGCCCACGAACACAAGCCAGACUCGGUGCCAAAGAGGUACUCUUGGUGAUCGGUGGCUUCGGCAGUCAACAGUCCCCCAUUGACAUUGUGGAGAAGUACGACCCAAAGACUCAGGAGUGGAGCUUCCUCCCGAACAUUGCGCGGAAGAGACGCUACGUGGCCACGGUGUCGCUGCACGACCGGGUGUACGUGAUCGGGGGGUACGACGGCCGCUCCCGGCUCAGCUCGGUGGAGUGCCUGGACUACACGGCGGACGAGGACGGCGUCUGGUACACCGUGGCCACCAUGAACGUUCGCCGCGGCCUCGCCGGCGCCACCACCCUCGGAGACAUGAUCUAUGUCGCCGGAGGUUUUGAUGGCAGCCGCCGUCACACCAGCAUGGAGCGCUACGACCCUAACAUCGACCAGUGGAGCAUGCUGGGAGAUAUGCAGACGGCCAGAGAAGGAGCCGGGCUAGUGGUGGCCAGUGGACUCAUCUACUGUUUGGGAGGCUACGAUGGUCUGAAUAUCCUGAACUCUGUGGAGCGGUAUGACCCCCACACGGGCCACUGGACCAGUGUCACACCUAUGGCCACCAAGCGAUCAGGGGCCGGCGUUGCCUUGCUCAACGACCACAUUUACGUGGUAGGAGGUUUUGACGGAGUCUCCCACCUGGACUCUGUGGAGGUGUACAACAUCAGAACGGACUACUGGACCACGGUGGCCAGCAUGACCACUCCACGGUGUUACGUAGGAGCGACCGUCCUCCGUGGGCGCCUCUAUGCCAUAGCCGGGUACGAUGGGAACUCCUUACUGAGCAGCAUCGAGUGCUACGACCCCGUGAUUGACAGCUGGGAGGUGGUGACCUCCAUGGCCACGCAGCGCUGCGACGCAGGCGUGUGCGUCCUGCGAGAAAAGUGAUCCCCCCCCCCGCCCCCCGGGGACCGGAAUCGGCACCUUUUUAAUGAAUGAGAAGCAAAGCAAGGCAGCUAUACUCGGUGCACUCGCCACACGCGCCAAAAAGGGAAUCGCUCGGUGGCCCGUAUGCAAAAACCCUGGCAGGAAUACCCCGUCCGUACGGUCACCUGAGGAACGUCCACGUCGGAGCGGCGUCCCUCUGGGCUGUGGAAGGGCCGGUGGAGGGCGUGGGGUCAGGUAGACCCACGCACAUUAGGGAGAGGGAUGAACCGAUGUCAGAGGAACUCCCAUCUCCGCCUGCAUGACUCAGUGUGUGCACCUGUCGCUGUCCGUCACCUGUGACAUUACUGUUUCACUCGGUCUUCAAAGUGCAAUAUAUUUUCUACAUGUUUGUUGAUAAAAAAAAAAAACGGAAAAAGAGAGGAUGGAGACCGCUGAGUCUCCUAUCUGCUGCUAUCUGCCUUACAGUCGUCGUCGUCGUCCCCCCCCCCCACGCCUUCAUCACACACACAGGAUUCAUGUGGCCUCUCGUGUAUCCUGCGAUCGUCAUGUUGUCUAAAUACGUGAACCUCUGCCGAGACUGUAGUGGGGCCAGUCAUUUAAACACGUUUUUGUAAUCCUUUCUGUAUAAAGUGCUUUUAAAAUCGAAUUGCUUUAAUAGAUUUAGAUUUUCGUUUGUUAGAUUUAUACAAUUUUUGGAAAUGAAGGGAGCUCUUUGCUAUUUAUUGCAUUUGCCAAAUUCUUAAAAAUGGAAAAGGAAAAAUGUGCAUGUGUUCGUCCUUGACCUGUUUGUUUGGAUGUGUACAUGUUGCUGACAAUGCCACAAACUUGUUAAUAAACACGGUGAAACUUA